ACCGUGCGACCCACUACACACGCUUCGUGAUCUGGAAGAGUCCAUUUGUAACUGUUAAGGGGGAAUCUCCGUUAUCCUGUAUAGGACAAAUAAUAACUCUGCUCUGGUAAACGCAUGAAAACGGCCUGUCUCGUUAUUUAAUUGUAAUCUUGUGUGAAUAACCCCGUACGAAUAACAGUUUGCUGUGCAGGUGACGGUAGCCGGCAUUGGAGGCUCCCCCCGUAUUUGUGAAGUGAAGUGGUCCGUGGGUGAAGUUUAGUAGGCAGCAGGCUGUGACAGGAACUUCCAUAGGGAGUGAGAACUGCCGGUAUACACCAUGCAGGCUAUGCGCUGGUUACCACUGGAGGCCAACCCUGAGGUUAUGAACCAGUUCCUCAAACAACUGGGUGUUGGCUCCAGCUGGCAGUUUGUUGAUAUCUAUGGCCUUGACCCUGAGCUCCUGAGCCUGGUCUCACGACCUGUUUCUGCUGUGCUAUUACUCUUCCCUGUAACCGAAAAGUAUGAAUUAUUUAAAGCAGAGGAGGAAGCAAAAAUUAAAUCCCACGGUCAAAAUGUGGAUUCAUCUGUUUACUUCAUGAAGCAAACAAUAAGCAAUGCCUGUGGAACAAUGGGCCUUAUUCAUGCAGUGGCAAACAACCGAGGAAAGCUUGAUUUUGAAAAUGACUCUGCUUUGAAAAAGUUUAUAGAUGAUUCCCUUUCAUUGAGCCCUGAAGAAAGAGCCAAGUUUCUAGAAAGAGAUGAAAGUAUUCGUGUUACACAUGAAAGUAGUGCCCAGGAAGGACAGUCUGAGGCACCGAGUUUAGAUGAUAAAGUAGACUUGCACUUCAUUGCUUUUGUUGAUAUACAAGGACAUCUGUAUGAGCUAGAUGGGUCUAAGCCUUUUCCAGUAAACCAUGGACAGACCUGUGAAGAUUCAUUCUUAGAAGAUGCUAUUGAAGUUUGUAGAAAGUUUAUGCAACGUGAUCCAGAUGAACUGAGGUUUACUUUGGUGGCUUUCUCUAAAGCAUGAUGAAGCUUGGACCAUUAAACUGCCCAAUAGCACUUGAAAAUAAAGCCACGUGACAAGUGUUUUUUUGUUUUUUUAUAUUCAUUCUGUGCAAAUACAAUUUCUCAAUAUUAAUAAACAUUUGCCAAGUCUUGACA